UUUCACUUCCGCACUCUUCAGCUCUCCUUAGCUGGUUAGCUUUCUAAGUGGCACAAAAUAAAAUUUCCAAGAGACCGUGCAAAUUUCCCAGAAUAAAGACAUCGUUGUCAGUUUAAAUAUCCCGCUUCGUCGGGAUUAAGAGAUGAAGAGUUUGUGUGUAAAAUUAAACAGCUGCUUUAAUGAUAAUUGAAUCCAUCAGGAAGCGACGUUAGCGCGAGGAGGCUCAUUGCAACUUAACCGGCUAUAUUUCUAUAACCAGUUUGUGUUCAAUCGUGUCAAACAACGACGCCUUUUCCAGUGAUUUACAGUAAAAAGAAGUCAUGAAGGUUCUUAGUUUUCCCAGAAGAGGUUCCAUCCUGGUGUGGACCUUGGCGAUCCAGCUGGUUCUGUGUAGAAGUGUUGUGCUCGCUACUAACGGUACCAAGGGCUGCAAACUGCUGUCCGAGUCUCCGUCUGAGAGGAAUUUCCUCAAUCGAUUAGAGCCACUCAGUAACAAGAACAUUUCGGUGGAUACCAUGGUUGAUGAAGAGAGCUACACAUAUGUGUUCCAGUUGUGUGGGGAUGCAGGGGGCGUUCCCGGAGCUGGACUUAUUCAAAUAGACAAGAAAACACCACCGAUAACAACAGUGAUUGGCCGGUAUGAGUCAACCAAGGUCAUCGCAGGAAGUGACUGGGUUAUGUUGAUCUACAGUGAUGGGGACAGUUAUGAUACCCACUGCUCCAAGGAAAAGAGGAAAUCUAUUGUUAUGAUCUCCUGUAGCAGAAGUACAGACAUGGGUAAGCUGGAAGUGGUUAUGGAGGACAGGGACAGGGAUCGUGAAUGUUUUUACCUGUUCGAGUUGGAUGCCAUGGCAGUGUGCCCGAUCAUUCCAUCCAAGCUCAGUGCCGGCUCCGUUUUGCUCAUCAUGUAUGUGAAGAUAACAUAUAAUGGCACAAAAGCCCUCAACGUCAGGCCACACAUGACUCAACAAGCAAAUAGUGAUGAUUUGCUCUUCUCUUCUAGUGGUUUCUGCCUUCUGGCUGUGUACCUCAUUGGAGGUUUCCUCUACCAGCGUCUGAUCGUUGGAGCCAAGGGGUUGGAGCAAUUCCCCAAUUAUGCUUUUUGGGUGGAAGUGGGGAACCUCACAGCCGACGGAUGUGACUUUGUGUGCCGAUCCCGAAGUCGAGAGAAAGCUCCAGAAUACAGGGGAGUGUCCACAGAUGCCUUAGAGGAAGAGCCAGAAGAAAGAGAUGACCACCUUUUACCAAUGUGACCUCAGAACAGGGCAGAAACUUUUUACUGUGUGACACAGGUUACUUUUUCACAGCUUAUUGGUACACACGCGUCUGUUUUCUUUGCCUGGUCUUAAUCAGUCACUGCUAACACUUUCUGGACUUGUGUCCAGAAGGCGGGCAUAACAUUCACAGGCAGACAGAUGUGUCUACUGUUACAUAUCUCCUAACGCAAACAAACUAUUCAACCAAAAUUAUGACGUAAAAGUAAAGUCUCUUUCAUGGAAAUCUGGCUUAAAAAAGGAGAAAAGUUUGAAUUUUGUCAGAAUGUGGUGUUUUGAUCAUCUUCUGCUCAGCUGUUGUGCGUUUUGUGACGGUGUAAGAUGCAGCGACCAGCCGAACGUUGGCCACUCCUCGCUGCCGCUUGCACAGCACACCACUGGUCUUGCUUUUGUGAUUUUGGCUUAGUCAGUUUACAUUUUCUUUUGACAGAUAUUACGUGAAUGCAAAUGUUUAAAUGUAUGCACAAUAACUGUACUCGCAGCCCUGCUGUGCAAGUAGAAAUCACUGCAGAAAACCAAAGGUUAGGAUACUGUUCUUUCUUCCAAGAAAAGCAUCUGCAUCUCUUCUAAUAUCUUAGAACUGUCUGUCCUCCUAUGUUUUCAUCAGAGAGGCAUCGUCAUAAAUUAAACUGACAACAUUUCCACCCGGUUUAUAUUAAGACAUGAAUUGUUAACAGUGAAACGGAAAUCAUUUUGUUCAUAAGUUAAUGUUUAAAAAUAAGAUGUAUACAUCCUGUUAUUUAGAGAGAAUGAAUAAACAUGAACUGCAAUCCACACAUGUUGAUAGUUCUAAAACUAUUUGAUAAUAAAUAAAAUACAAAUACUGGCCUGCCAGCCUACAUUGUUCUAAAGAGCCUGAAAAAGUGCUGCAUGAAGCUGCUGUUAUUUUCCGUGCACUCAUGUUUGACCAAAUAUUUUAUCCACUUUAUCGCUUCUGUACUAAAACCCACAAGGUAGCAAUGACAGCAUUUUUCUGUGGUCUUCCUGUAUCCAUAUAGUUGUGAUCAUGUUCCAAUUUUUAGGAUACCAUUCUUGAGAUUUAUGACAUUUUUUACAAAAAUACAUAAUGAUGCUGCUGAGGAAAAAAUGUACCUUUUUUAAUUUGAUGCAAAAGUGGAUAUGCAGUUUCAAUGAAUGACAUCACACUUACAUCUGCUUAAUCUGGUUUGUUUUGGUCACUUUUGUUUUGAUAUUUCUUUGUUUAGUUCAGUGAACUGUGCCCUGGACUAUCUUGUAGAAAUGGUUCGACCUGUGGUUGGAGUGGGUAGAAAAACAUCCCUGUUGGUUUACUGUUGCAGUACCUUUGUCUUGAAUUACAAGUAAUAGAGCUUUCUGUUUGUUUUGGAUUCUAUUAAAGAUAAACCAUAAACCUGGUUAACAUGUGUGUGUUAUCAUGGUGAACUUACAGGCCCAUUUUCUUAUUUUUAUGUAUUUAGCAGAUGCUUUUAUCCAAAGCGACUUAC